GCCCCCAGAGCGGCAUGUCAGAGGCGGGGUUGGAUCUUGCUCACUAGCCGGCUGCACUGGGCCAACCGUAGCUCGAGAGGCAGUAGUGCGGCAGGAUGAGUGCGGACUCAGACCCCGUGGUUAUCGUCUCGGCGGCGCGGACCAUCAUAGGCUCCUUCAAUGGUGCCUUAUCCACCGUUCCUGUCUAUGACCUGGGCUCAACUGUCAUCAGAGAGGUCCUGAAAAGGGCCGCUGUGGCUCCCGAAGAGGUAUCAGAGGUCAUAUUUGGACACGUUUUGGCAGCAGGUUGUGGGCAGAAUCCUGUUCGAAAAGCCAGUGUGGGUGCCGGAAUCCCCUACUCUGUUCCAGCAUGGAGCUGCCAAAUGAUCUGUGGGUCAGGCCUAAAAGCCGUGUGCCUUGCAGCCCAGUCCAUAGUGGUAGGAGACUCCAGCAUUGUGGUCGCAGGAGGCAUGGAAAACAUGAGCAAGGCUCCUCACUUGGUUCACUUGAGGACAGGAGUCCGGAUGGGGGAUACACCACUAACUGACAGUAUGCUCUGUGAUGGGCUUAUAGAUGCAUUUCACAACUAUCAUAUGGGCAUUACAGCUGAAAAUGUAGCCAACAAAUGGCAAGUGAGUAGAGAAGAUCAGGACAAGGUUGCAGUUGUGUCCCAGAACAGGACAGAAAGCGCACAGAAAGCUGGCCAUUUUGACAAAGAGAUUGUACCGGUUUUUGUAUCUUCUAAAAAAGGUCUUACUGAAGUUAAAACAGAUGAGUUUCCUCGCCAUGGGAGCAACAUGGAAGCCAUGUCUAAGCUAAAGCCUUGCUUCCUUACAGAUGGAACAGGAACCGUCACCCCAGCUAAUGCUUCAGGAAUAAAUGAUGGUGCUGCAGCUGUGGUUCUUAUGAAGAAGUCAGAAGCUGAUAACCGUGGGCUUACAUCCCUAGCACAGAUAGUUUCCUGGUCACAAGCAGGUGUGGAGCCUUCCAUUAUGGGAAUAGGACCAAUUCCAGCAAUAAAGCAAGCUGUUGCAAAAGCAGGUUGGUCGCUGGAGGAUGUUGACGUAUUUGAAAUCAAUGAAGCCUUUGCAGCCGUGUCUGCUGCAAUAGCUAAAGAACUUGGAUUAAACCCAGAGAAGGUCAACACCGAAGGAGGAGCUAUAGCCCUGGGCCAUCCUCUCGGAGCAUCUGGCUGCCGGAUUCUCGUUACCCUGUUGCACACGAUGGAGCGCAAGGGUGGACAUCGUGGGGUUGCUGCCCUGUGCAUUGGGGGUGGGAUGGGAAUAGCAAUGUGUGUUCUGAGAGGAUGAAACUGCUUAACCAUUAAUUAUGCUUAAACUAAACGUGAACCUCGUUUCUUUUUAAACUAAUAAAAUACUAAGUUAGUGAAAUCAGAGGACCAAAGUGAGGAUGGAAACUAUCUCCCACUUCAUAAGAGUCCCAAGACUUGACAGCUUUUUGCACUUUAAUGUGUAAUACUCGAGGUACAACAAGAUAAAUGCAUCUAACAUUGUCAUAAAUAAAAGACAUCAGUCAUCAAGGGCUCCAGAGUGAACAGCAUCUUCGUAACCUCCAUGCUUAUCAUCUUUGCUUUCUGGGUGUAAUUUAAUAAGAUCAUCAAUUCGAAGAAUGGUAAUUGCAGCUUCAGUUGCAAAUUUCAAACUUUUAACUUUAACUAUGGUUGGUUCAAACACCCCUGCUUGUUUGUUGUCUCGGGGUUUACCAUUGACCAAGUCAAGACCAAUCCUGCAAUUUAGAAAAAAACCUAUUAAAUGGUCUCUUUCAUAGUUCACACCCAUCCUAUUCCAUUCCUUUAAAAGUUGACUAGGGGGACUUCCCUGGUGGUCCAGUGGUUAAGACUCCACAUUCCCAAUGCAGGGGGCCUGGGUUCAAUCCCUGGCCAGGGAACUAGAUCCCACACGCCACAAAUAAGAGCCCACCUGCUGCAACUGAAGACCCUAUACGUCGCAACUAACUAAGGCCCGGCGCAGCCAAAUAAAUAUUUAAAAAGUUGACUAGGUGGUAGUCUCAUUAGUGCCAGCUAUUCCAUUCAAAUGUUAACCUUGGGAAACGCUGGGACCUUACAGUAGAUCCCUGUAAGUCUAAAGUAACUGAUUAUGGAUAAACAAAUUCAGCACUGAAAGAGGUGUAGAAAGCCUAGAUAGUAGUAAAGAAAUUGUUUCUAAACAUCAUUUAAUAUCUUAAAAGGAGAUUGCUUAAAAACAGGUGUGGACCACCCAAAAAUAAUUUCCUCUCUGGAACCUUCCUACUGUAGGUAAAUGACUCUACCCACAGCAGCAGGGAAAGGUGAGGAAUCCGAUUUGAUAACUAAGACACACCAAUGCUAAUAAUCACUAGUCAUCAUCCUUCGUGAGUUUAAAACAAAAACCAAACUACCAUAUAUGAUAUACAGGUGACAAUGAGAAAUGUUCAGUAUGCUUACCAUUUGAGAUUUUUGCGUUCUGGGUUAACUUGAGCCUCAUUAUGAAAAGCUCUUAAUUUUGCAACCAGAUCUAUGGAGUCUUGGGCAGCAUUAACGGCCAGAGUGUUGGGAAUAACAAGAAGAGACCUUGCGAACUCGGCAAUAGCAAGCUGCUCCCGGGAGCCCUGAGAACAAAGACAAUGAGGUGUCUUCACGGAAGGAAGAAAAUUAACACCCACAGCGGCAGCUAAGGUCGCAGAAGAGACGUAUUCAUGUGAACAAAGUGCCGUGCCCUUCCAGAAAUGAAAACGGGCUUCCAGAUGCUCUUACCAUGCUGGUUGCGUAGUUUUCGAGGUAUAUGGACAGGGCCGCUUCUACGGCGCCGCCACCAGGAACCACAGAUUUCGACUCCAAAACUCUCUUCACCACACAAAGUGCAUCAUGUAAAGAGCGCUCCAUCUCGUCACACAUGAAAUCGUUUGCGCCGCGUAAGAUGACCGACGCAGAGGUACGAGCCUUAGUGCUAUU